AUGCCGGACAAUUCUACAAUGCGAUGGGUCUUUGCCUGCAUGUCGUGCUUUACAUUAGGAAUUAUUCUAUCAAAUAUCAAUAACCCUCGACUCUUUUCGGUCCAGAACGAGUGUCCGCCAGUGAAAUCCAGUGUACUACGCGCCAUACCGUCAACACUACAAGUUCAGGAUAGACCGAUAAUAAUCCCCCACACUAGUAUCUCGCCUAUUGUCACGGAAGAUGACUAUGAGCGUGGUAUUAUCAUCUGUAUUCAUAAUAAUGUUGCAGAAAUGGGUGUCUCACUAAUUCGGGAGCUUCGCUGUUUAGGCAAUUUCGAGCUAAUCCAGGUCUAUCAUUGCUUCCCCGAGGAGUUGUCGGAUGAGAAUCGAGCAUUGCUCACACGCAAUGACAUGCGAGUGGAGAUUGUGGAUGUUUGUACUGAUAUUAUGGCUAAAACCGGAGUGGAAAACCUUUUUCAAGGUGAUGUCGACAUUGCAAAAACGUUUCAGAGUUAUUGGAUCAAACCUAUGGCGAUGUAUCACACAAAACUACGACAAGUGAUUAUGUUGGACGCAGAUGCGAUUUUACUAAAAGAUCCGGCAGUGGUGCGGCAAAUGUCUGGAUACGUGCGUACAGGAACGACAUUCUUCCGAGACCGUAUUAUCAAGAGUAACAUGUUUCUGUCUGAGAAAAGGAAGAGUGGACAAACGAAUCUACACUAUUUGAUCGACUCUUUUCCGUAUAAGACUUAUAAUCUGAGUGGACCAGAGCCGUCCGACCGAUUAAAACGUAUGCAUUCGUGGCGAGGUCUCAGUGCACACACAAUGGACUCGUCUAUGGUGAUGAUUGAUAAGAAUAGAGCAGCGUUCGAGCUCGCACACCAAGACUAUUUUUUCACGCCCUGGGGAGUUAGUUUGACAGAGUCAGUCCCAAACAACGACGCUGCCCACCCUGAUACCAUGUGCGGCACUUUUACUCAUUUCUUACCUACUGAGAAUGCGAGUGAACCACCAGACCUGCUUCAUAUCAAUGGUAAGACGGUGCUAGAGCCGUACCCAUUUGGACUGCGUGGAAAUGCAAAACGCUGGCCCUCGCGGAUGUUUAAUGUUAAUCCUACACUUGUCACGCCGCGGUAUCGCCAUAGUGAUGAUGUAGACAUCUCUGAUCGCGAAAUAUAUGUCGAUAACAGCAAAUACAUUUGGGUCACCAAGGCAUCACUGCAUGUGGGUCAACCUUCCCAAAAGCAAUGCAGCCGGUGCAAGGCUUUUUUUCCGGUAUGUCGUCGGGCGUGCAUGGUGGUCGUUUGGCACAAACACAAGACGGAGUGCAACAGGCAGGUGCAAGCGCGGAAGCUGCAAGAACAGGUGCUUAGAGGAGGAAGUACUAUCAAGCCAUCGUCUAUGCUUCGUCUCAAUCAGCUACGGUUGAAUGCGUACGAAGGGCGCGGCAACAAUGAGCCGUUUGAACGCGGAUCGAGAAUCGAUGUAAUCAAGAAGUUGGACGUUUUGAAGGCUUAUGACAUGUCGUUGCCUGAAACCACGACGAGAAGAUGCUUUUGGAUCGCCGUUACACGCCAAUCCAAAAGCAUCUUCUCGUCGGGAUGUAAGCCUAUCAUCACGCUGCUGACACGUUGA